AGACAUCAGUGACAACCAGUGCCCUAGUUUCUCUCAGUCUGAGUCUGGCAGUUACAAGCUAAGACAUGUUUUCCCAUCUUCGCAAGCGUUUUGGGAGGGGGAACGUCGAUUCUGGAGAGACUAGAGUGAAGGAGUCUGGCCUUUCGUCUCAAAGUAAUGAUGGACAAAGACAGCGCUUCUGGGGAAUGUGGAACGCUGGGAGAGAAACAUCAUCCCCUGAAACUGCCCUAAGCGAGAAGCAGGCCAAGAAGGAAAAGGAAAGGCUGAUUAAAGAGCUGCAGCUCAUUACCGAGGAGAGAAAUGACCUGAGAGAUCGCCUGAGGUUUCUGACAGAGAGAUCUAUGAAAAACAAGCCACACUUCAGGCCAAAUCCAUACUAUGAAGACCUGGAGAGAAUGGAGGAGGAGAUCAUACCAAUUCUGCACAACUUAGAGAUGGAGAACACUGAGAUCCAUGAGAACAACCAUAAGCUGCAGAAGGAGAUUACCUUCUCUAGAAACCUGCUCAGCCAGCUCCUGAUGGAGAACACAUGUAGGAAGAAGUUGGUCCCACUGAAGCAGGAGAGCAAGGAGGUACAUCUUGAUUGUGCACUGAACCAGAAAUAUUUGGUUGACUUCAACAAGAAAGAUAAAGACCAGCAACGUCCAGACCCACCAUCAUCAGGUCUCAGAAAGUACAAGAGAGCUGGAAUUGGACACACACCAGUAAGAGAGCUUCCUGAGGAAUAAGUUGCUUUCUCAGGAGUCCCUGAUGACAAACAUCCUGAACGGAAACACCACUUGAGAGACAACUUGGGGGACUGCCUUUCAUUAUGUGUGCUAGAGGAGAAACAGCAAUACAUCUGUGCUUCUAAAUGUUUGUUAAGAAUAUGCUGUUUAGAAAUAUUUUUGUUAUGAUUUUAAUUGAAGUUUUCUUUUUGUUGUUUCAUAUUUAUAUGUUCUUGUUACUAUUUUUCACUUUCAAAUAUUUUUACAUAUUUUUAUUUAUUCAUUUUAAUCCUGUUUUGUUGUAAAAAUGUAUUUGUUAUGAAUAAAAAUUGAAUUCUA